UUUUAUGUGUGUGGAUCAUCUGAUUUAGCUGGUUUUUGCUGCCACAAAUCCAAUGCAAUUUGGAGGAGUUGACGAUGGUUGUCUUUCAUGGUUUUUAAAACUUUCUAUCUUUCAAUUGAUCUUUCGACAGUUCUGAAGUUGAUACAGCAGCUGUUAUUUGCAAUUUUAUUUGAUCUUUUGAAAAUAAAAUUGUUUUUUGCUUUGAUUUUAAUUCAAUUUGCUAAAGAUUCAAUUCCUUUUUUAGCAAUUUAUAUUGGUUGCAUUCACUAUUUUAAAAUUUACAACUUGCAGUUUACAAUGGUUGAUUUGGACUCACUUAAACCUGCUGAGCAAAUUAGUUUAAUGCAGCAUAUUCUUUUUCUAAAACCAACUAAUAGAUCAGUUAAUUUAGCUUGUAAGGAAAUCAUUGAUAAAUUGUCCAAAAAGGAAAACUUCAUAUUAAACAUUUUCCAGCUCAUUAAAAAUACUUCUGAUGUUUAUUCGAAGGAAAAAAAUUAUAUUUAUACCAAUAUUAAUAAUGACAAUAAUAAUAAUAAUAAUAAUAAUAAUAAUGACCAUGAAAUUAAUGUUUUGAAAUCAAUAAUUGGAAUGGCUAGAUGGAAAACCAUUGAAUAUUGGAAAUCUGGCUUUAUUAAUACAAAUCAAUUGAUGAAAGAUCAGAUUAAGGAUGAAUUAUUUUUAACAUUAUUCAAUGUAAAUUUUUCAAUUAAAUCUCAAUUUUUACUUUUUAAAGAUUUGCUUGGAACAGUUUUGAUAAUAUACAAGAUUGACCUAUUUUAUCCAUCAUGCAAAUAUAAUCUAUGCAAAUUAUAUUUAUUAUUGGAUUUAAUUUUUCGAUUUGAUUUUGAUUCAUUGAGUUUAAGAAACUUCAAUCAAAUUUAUAUUUCGACUUACGUUUUAUCGAAUUUAAUUGACUUUAUUAAAUUCAAGGUUUCGACAAAUUCAUUUUCAGAGACUGUUCAUACGAGGUUUAUAGAAAUUUUAAAAGAUUUAUAUUUUUCAAAGAAUAAACUACAUGAAAGGUCAUGUAACGUAAUGGUAAAAAUCAUGAAAAGCUUCAAGAAUUUUAGUAAAGACCAAGAAGAAUUAACAGUAUCGAAAUUUUGUUUAAUUUCACGAAUUUUUUUGAAUUGUUUAAAGAUAUAUUGCCAUUCCAUUUUAGUUUUUGAUUCGGAUAGUAUGGUUUCAGAUUUCUUAUUUAGAUACGAAAAGUUGAUAGAUUUAUUUUGUGAUACAAUUAAUUUAAAACUCCACUGUACUGUUCCUGAUAAUAGUUAUAUGAAUGUUUUAUGGGGUAAUGUUAAAUAUCAAAUAUCAAAGGUUAUUUUAUCAUUUAAUAUUUUUAUAAAGUUAGGUAAACUUCAACCUAAUAACUCAAAUAAAAUUGAUAUUGACUUUUUAAAAUUAAGUCAAGCUGUACCAAAAAGCGAGCUCCUUGUCAAUAAAUUCGAGAAAUUAUCUCAAAUGAAAAGAAUUGCAAAGGGUAAAGAUAUGGAAAAAAAAUAA